CAUGAAGAUUUUGUUGGGUCAAUUCUGUCAAAAUGACACUUAUGACAACUUGGCUACAUCUUAAUUCUCUGUUACCCGUCACACUAUCGUCCGACUCCGAACGACCUAGAAGUAGAAGCAGUCAGAACUUCGGACAUCCUCGAUGGCACGGUCAUCAAUCUCAAGAGUGAAAGAAGAUAAAUACCAGACACUGGUGUAGUACAAGUUAACCCAACAACAUGUUUAAUAAUUUGUCUUGAUUACUGUUUAUUGUGAACAGUUAUUUUGUUGAGAGAAUUGCAUCUUUCCUAUAAUUAUUGAUGACAAGAACUUCCUGUUUGUCACGCAGCCAGAUAUUUCAUACACGUUAACCGUCAGAGGAGAAAGAGAAGAAAGAAAAUGACAACCACAGAAAAAGGUGGAGGUGUUUUGGAUGGUGGCAAGACAAAUGGAGCCAUCGAUAUUGAUGAGACUCAAUAUCACGAAAUCUAUGAAAAUGAAAUUGAAUAUGAAAUCAAAGAAUCUCUGGAACCAGAAGUAAAAAAAUGUGCCAAAUGUAGAUCUUGUUGUUUCCAAUGUUGUAGGCCUAUCAUGGCCGAUGAAAAUCCGUUGCCAGAAAAAGCGUCCUGUAUAAGUAGAUUAGCUUUUGCGUUAAUGUGUCCACCUCAUGGUCGUUUAGGAGCAGUGAUGGUAUGUGUUUUAUUAUUUGGUUUGUGGUAUGGUGUCAUGUAUUUUUUAACUAAAGAAGAUAUGUUACCCGGAGGAAAUAUAUUCUCGUUAGUUGUAUUGUUCAUGGCUUGUUGGAGUGGUGGAUAUAUUUUUAAUUUAAUACGUCUCCCAGCUUUGUUAGGUAUGUUGAUUGUUGGUUGUUUAUUAGGAAAUGUUCCACAUAUAAAUGUUGCAGAUGACAUCCAAAUGACUUGGUCUAUAGGUGCCAGGCAAAUAGCAUUGGCUGUGAUAUUGAUACGGGCAGGUCUUGGUCUAGAUCCUAAAGCAUUAAAGAGGUUAUCAUUUGUAGUAAUACGUCUAGCGUUUUCACCAUGUUUAAUGGAAACUAUUACAGAUGGAAUAGUAUCACACUUCCUACUGGGAUUACCCUGGGAGUUUGGUUUUAUGUUAGGGUUUGUAUUAGCAGCUGUUUCUCCUGCGGUAGUGGUUCCCUCACUUUUCUUAUUAUCGGAUAAAGGUUAUGGAGUAGAUAAAGGUGUACCAACAUUAGUUAUAGCAGCAGCCAGUAUAGAUGAUGUUUUGGCUAUUACAGGUUUUGGAGUUUUAUUGGGUAUAGCUUUCUCUAAAGGUGAUUUAGUAUGGACAUUAUUUAAAGGUCCAUUAGAGGCAUUAGUAGGAAUAGUGUAUGGUAUAUUUGGUGGUUUGAUAUUAUGGUACCUUCCCCAAAAAUCUAGUAAACAUCUUGGACUUUUUCGAUGUGCAUGUUUAUUGGCCGGUGGUUUGUUUGCCUUAUUUGGAUCUCGACAUGUUAACUGGUCUGGUGCUGGUCCCUUAGGCUGUUUGACACUCCCUUUUGUUGCAGCUUUUAAAUGGCGUCAGGAAACAGCUUCAAAACAAACCAGUGAUCAGAUAGAAGCAGCUGUAGGAGUAUUAUGGAUGAUAUUUCAACCAUUGUUAUUUGGUUUAAUUGGUGCACAGGUUAAAAUAUUAGAGAUUGAUGUUAAUACUAUAGGUCUAGGUUUUGGAACAUUAUGUAUAGGACUUGGAAUUAGAAUGAUAACGUCCUUUCUAGCUGUAUUUGGGACAGAUCUAACAAUAAAAGAGAGAUUUUUUAUUCCAUUUGCUUGGUUACCUAAAGCAACUGUUCAGGCUGCUAUUGGUGGUGUGGCACUAGAUAUGGCAACAAGUGUUGAUAAUAAAGAAUGGAUAGGCUACGGAAAAGAGAUAUUGACUAUAGCUGUAUUAUCUAUUUUAUUAACUGCUCCAAUAGGAUCAUUUAUGAUUGCUAUACUUGGUCCAGUUUUAUUAAAUAGAAGUAAACCAGCUGAUGAAUUACAAGUUGAAGCUCAACCAGAAAUAGAAAAAGAAGACAGUAGUCAUAUUAAUGAUGCUUUAUCUAUUGAUGAUGAGAAUAAAGUUAAUCCUAAUCCUAAUACAGAUGAAACAACAAGAAUGUAAUUUGAAAAGAGUUUUUAUGGAGGACAGAUUCUUUGUGUGCUAUUGGUGCAUAAUAUGACUAGGCAAUCCUGUAGUAAAUGUCUUUUUGUCAUCUCAAAACUUGCCAAAAUAUUUUCCUGUUCAGAAUUUGUGUUGAUCAGUGAACCGCUGAUAAUCAUAAUGAUAAUAUGUUUUCUUGAGCUCCAAAUUAAAUUAUAAAAUAAACUUGAUUCUUUUCUAUAAUUCUCUGUUUAUGUUCAUCUGACAAAUGACCUUAGAAAAUUUAAUAAAAAAUAAUACAAGUUCAUUUGAAAUGAAACCGAAUUCACAUGAGAUAACUUUGUGGAUAUCAUAAGAGUGUGAAGUGAAUAUAAAUAUCAUUUCUGAUAAAGAUUGUCUGAUUUGUACAAUAAAUGGACACAAGUGCAUAGUCGUAACUUUGUGGGGUUUUUUCCUAUUUUUAUAUGCCCACAUUUUCAUGUGGACGUAUAUUGUCGUCGCCCCAGUCCGUCCGUCCUACCGUCCGACUCAACAGGUCACAAUUUUUAUUUGAUUUUGACAAAACUUCAAAUAUAGGUCUAUCUCCAAAAGAUCGCGGUUCCUUUCAAUAUUGGCGUAUAUCGGACCAUAACUUCAUGGAUUAUGGCCCCUGAUUGUACGAAAAAUCAUGUUUUUAGCUUGUGGAUACUCUAGAGGUCACAAUUUUUAUCUGAUUUUGAUGAAACUUGAAAUGCAUGUUUAAAACCCAAAGAUCUUGGUUCCUUUCGAUAUUUGCGCAUAUCGGAUUGUAACUUCCUGAAUUAUGGCCCCUGAUUGUACAAAAAAAUCACAUUUUUAGCGUGUGGUCUCUUUAGAGGUCACAAUUAUUAUCCGAUAUAAAAAAACGUUUGAAUUAUCACCGUGACACUGUAAUGAUGCUUGAGUUCGAAUUUCGUGAAAAUUGGACCAAAACUUCCGGACAAAAUGGCUGCCCCUCGUACGCAAAUAGUGUAAAAAUAUGGUAUAUCAAAGUUGUGGACCCUCUAGAGGUCAUAAUUUUGAUCCGAUUUUGAGGAAACUUGAAAUACAUGUUUAUAACCCAAAGAUCUGGGUUCCUUUCAAAACUCGGGCAUAUCGGAUCAUAACUUCUUGAAAUAUAGCCCUUGAUGGUCUGAAAAAUCACGAUUUUUAGCUUGUGGUCACUACUAGAGGUAACAAUUUUUAUGAAUAUAUCACUGUUACACCCUAAUGAUAGCUGAGUUUGAAUUUCGUGAAAAUCGUACCAAAAUGGCCGCCCUUCGUACACAAAUAGUGUAAAUAUAUGGUAUAUCAAGGUUGUGAACCCUCUAGAGCCCACAAUUUUGAUCCGAUUUUGAUGGAACUUGAAAUACCCAUUUAUAACCCAAAGGUCUUGGUUCCUCUUGAUAUUUGUGCAUAUCGGAUCAUAACUUCCUGAAUUAUGGCCCUUGAUUGCCCUUGUAAUCUCUCUAGAGGUAAAAAUAUUUAUCUGAUUGAAAAAAACAUUUGAAUAUGUCACCAUUACACCCUAAUGAUGGCCGAGCUCAAAUUUCGUGAAAAUCGCAAAUAGUGUAAAUAUAAGGUUAUAUCAAGGAUGUGGACCUUCUAGAAGUCACAAUUUUGAUCUUAUUUUGAUGAAACCUAAAACAUAUCUUUAUAACCCAAAGAUCUUGGUUCCUGUUGAUAUUCGCGCAUAUCGGAUUGUAACUUCCUGAAUUAUGGCCCUUGAUUGCACGAAAAAUUGCUUUUUGUUUUAGCUUGUUCUCUAUCCAUCUCUUGCAAAAAUGUGGGCGUAUCCUGCCUGGCAGCCGCUGGUAUUUUUUCUUUUUUCUUUGAGUACCUUGACAAAAUUCAUUUUCACCUGCAAAUUUCGAUAAUUUGUUGCUGUGAUUUUGUCCCAGAAGUUGAGACAAAAUUGACAACUUCUUUAAUAUUAGCAUGUUUUCAUGAAAUUUGGAAUGUAAGUAGAUCUGACUGAUUCAACUUGAACGAUGUCAUAGGAAAUUUUUUAACGUAUCUCCCCUUGGAGAAAUUAAAGUAGCUAAGUCCGUAACUCAAUAUCAUCCAAAAUCUUCGACAUUGAAAACACGAAUUAUUUUGCAAUUUAAAUCAGCAUUGGUGUUGUGAUCUUACCUGGAAAAGAUGGGCUUCUGAUAUCCAAUAUUUAAGACAAAAUAAACAUUUUACCAUUGGUACACGAAUCGUGUACCAUAAUGCGUUUCAGCGCCAUUUGUAACAAGUUGCUCAAAGAAUGAGGCUAGACAUAUUCCACAAGUCAUGUCAAACGGAGAUAUCAUAUUCUUAUUUGGAGAGCAUGCGCAAUAAAUAAUAUCGGUGUUGACUGGAAUAACAAGACGCUAGAAACUGACUUGCGGUUGAGACUUCUGGCGUAUUUCGCCGAACAUAACUGAUGACAAUUCACAGUAAAACGGACAAGAUUGAAUGUAAAACAGUUUAUAUAAAUUCAUAUUACAUUAUUAUAUGUGUUGCGACUCAUUUGUGCCAAUUUCUAGGUCCAAAAUAUUAGCGAUUUAGCUCCUUUAAGGAUCAGAAUUUUCAACAAAAAAAUCGAAAAAAAAGCAGGUCAGAUUACCUUGAAUCUUUUUUUUCUACCCUAGCUAAGACACUACUGAUGCGUGCACAAAAUAUAAAGUUUGUCGAUCGCACCGGAAGUGCAUCCAUCCUUAAAGGUGAUGCCUAUAAAAUGUAGAGAGCCGAAUUUUGAUAUCGGUCAACAAAUGGUCAUUAUUUUGAAUCAAUAUGAAACAUAGUGAAAAAUCCACGUUAAUAUAUUUCUCAAUAGCUAGGCUGAGGGUUGAAUUUAUGGUAUUUGAAAAUGUCAAAAUUCGAAUUUCGUCUUUGAAGUUUUUCAUGCCAACAAAUUUGUUUAAAGGGACAAUAACACUCUUGCUGGCUUGACAGCUCCAGAAAAUAAACAAAUAGCCUUAUUCUAAGUACUAAGAUGUGUUAGUGUCUUACCUGUUGUGUAAAUUAUCCAUUAAAUCCUAUUUUACUUGUCCAGAGGGUUCAAAAAUAUUUUUAAAUCCAAGUCACAUUUGAAAAGCUUUACGUCAGGCUUUUCAAAUCAUUUAGUUGAAUUUUUCCAAUUUUUUAAAUUAGGUGUGUUAAGAUGAAAUUUGUAUCAUCAAUUAAUUGGAAUAUUGUAAAAUAGUACCAUUUGUUGACCAGAAUAAAGAUUGGGACAUAUUAUUCAGUUACAACAAGAGUGGUAUUGAGCCUUUAACACUUUUUUUCUUAAUAUUCAAAAACUUUGAAAUCAGGUCAAAUGUUAAUGACAAAGGAUUAGAUAGGUCAUUUGGUGCUUAUUUUGAAAGUUUGAUCAAAAUCGAUUGGUAAACAAAUGUUCUGUGCAACUUUUAAAAUGUCAAAUUUUGCCCCGUUGAAUUCUUAUCAUUACAACUAAGAUAAUAAUUCUUUUCUGUUUAAGAUUAUAGACAAAAUCUUUAACAUCUGAUGGGAAGUGCCAGACUUCAAGUUCACAAAGCAUUCUCAGACUUAAGUUAAGAAUUUACUCAACUUUGAAUCACUGUUUAUGAGAAAUAUCGUUGAUCCAGAAACACAAAACUUUGCACAUAGUUUCUUAUUGAUGUAUUUGAUACAUUAAAACAACAAUAGUUUUAUAAAGGGUUAUAUUUUAGUUAAAAUAAGGCGAACAAUUUUGAGUAAAUUCUUAACUUAAGUCUGAGAAUGCUUUGUGAACUCGGGGCCUGGUUGUUAUGAUUUAGCCGUUUUUUUUGUUAGCACGUGCACGCUGUAUCAUAAGGUCUGUCAUUGAAUCAACUGCCGAGGUUUGGAUUCCAACCUUGUUGAUUUUCUCUGGGUCCUCCAGUGUUCUCCCACUGCUAAAGAUCCCUACGCGCAAGCGAAUUAUUGAAAUAAAAUUGAACCAUGUGCCAGUCCUGAAAUGACCUAGUUUGUGUCAAGGGGACACCGUUAAACCUCAUUUCUCUCUCUCUCCCUCUCUCUCUCUGUAUAACUGCCAAUUUUUGGUGGAUCUUAAUAAUUCAUUUUUCUUCUCAUUUUUAAACGGCUUGAUCGAUUUUUUGUGAAACUUAUGGAAAGGGAGGUCUCUCCGAUUACACCAAUGUAAGUGUCAGUUAUCUCUUUUGCCCGGGUGAAAUGUUUCUCGUUUUAACUUAGCCAGUUUUUGACCGAAUUUUAUAAUUCUUUUUCGUUUUAAGAUGCUUGAUAUAAUCCAUAACACAUGACGAUGAAUAUGAAAGCUUUAAUAUCUGCCUGGCACGUCUAGUUUUAUUUACUUUUCUUGAUGAGUGAUAAUUCCUCUUUAAAAACAAAAGGAAAAAUACCAGUUUGAAAUUCAUGUGACAGUGACGGUAUGUAAUAAAUCAAUUUGGAACAUUUUAUCCACCUAUCCUGGGCAUACAGUCUCAAUAUCAUGUAGGAGUAGCAGGUGUGUGUAUAAAAACACUGUACAAUAUAUUUGGGUUAUUGAACAGUGUACUCUAUUGUAGGCCUACAUGGUCCAGUGAUUUGAAAAAGAUUAUUAAAAUUCUUUUUGAGAAGUCUGUACUGUUUCAAAAUGAUUUUUUGGGAGAAAAGUUGGACUGAAAGAGAAAAAAAAUUUCUCAGGGUUCAUAUUAAAUAGUAGCAGUAAUGUUGUUUUGAGGAAAAAAAAUCAGAAAACAUUCCUUAAUUUUUAUCAAAUAAUUGAUAACAUGAACUCGGCUUUAUAGUUUAAUCUGUAUAUAGUUAAAUACUAGACCCAUAAAAAUGUAUAUCUAUAUAUAUUGGAUGCUUGUAUUGUUAUUAUGAUGUUUGUUGGUAUUAUCCAUUUUAUGAGCAAGGAAUUAAAUAUUAAAUUGACUAGAUGUUUUCGAUUUAGGUCAAAAUUAAAAAUGUCAAUUUCAUUGGAUUUUGACUUUUAAAAAUCAAUGAGGCUUUAUUUUUUAGCUGCUUAGAAUCUUUCAACUCAAUUAUGGUAAUACUCUGUUUAUACAGGCAUUUUUUGUUUUUCAUUGAAUUUUUUCACAUAAUAUGUUUUUCUUUUUGUUUUAUUCCAUAAUUAUAUGCUCACAUUUCACCUGUCCCUCGGUCCGUCAACAAUUGACUUGUGAACGCGAUAGAGGCUUGAGUAUUUGAUGGAUUCUUUUUAAAUUUGGUCAUUCGAGGACAAACCCUAUCAAUUUUCAGUGUUCUGAGACUUUUCGCUCCAGAGUUCCCUUCUUCAUUAGCCUAGUCAGAGCAGAAAAGUAGGACGUUAAAUCUCAUUUCAUUUCCAUUUCAUUUUAUGUUCCUGAGUUACGCUCCUUAUUCCAAAACACUUGUGACGCAAUAGAGGCUACAGUCUUCUACGGAUUAUUUUCCAAUUUGGUGUGUAGCAAUGUGGUCAUGGAUGGAUGAACAUAAAGUUUUUCUUUUUAUUUUAUUCCAUUUUUAUAUGCUCAAAUUUCACCCUGUCCCUUGGUCCGUCAACAAUUGGCUUGUGAACGCGAUAGAGGCUUGAGUAUUUGACGGAUUAUUUUUAAAUUUGGUCAUUAUAGGACAAACCCUAUCAAUUUUCAGCGUUCUGCGACUUUCCAUUCCAAGUUUUCCUUCCGGAUAAGCUGCAGUUGAGACAAAGCUGCUGUGUGGGUGUAUUCCACGCUCUACAUGGCUAUCUUUGAAAGAUCUAAUGCCUUCACUACAGGCACUCAGUGAGUAAGGCACUGUUAAACUAACAAGGAGGUCUGGGGUUUGAUCCCCGUGUUGACCAAGAAAGUUAGGCCUACUCAGGAUUUUCCAGUGUGGUUUCUUUCUUGUCAGUGGUGCAGGAUGGUGGGCAUGGCAAGGUACAAUGUCUAGUCAUUUGGAUGCAACAAAAAACUGAGGUCCUGUGUACACCUUGGAUUGGAAUGCACAUAAAAGAACCCUUGACAGUUAGAAUUCAAUUGCUGUGUUGGCAAAAUUUCCCUCAUAGCACACUGCAUGGGGUAUGCUAAACUUCAUUAGCCUGAUUAAAACUUAGAAAUGUAGGACAUUAAAACACAUUUCAUUCAUUCAAUACAGCUGUUAUGAUAUGGUAUUCAUAUAUAAUUAUUAAAGGACCUAAGUCCAUAACUAAAAAUCCUCCAAAAUCUUCGACAUCGAAAACACAAAUUAUUGGUCAAUUUAAAUCAACAUCGAUGAUGUAAACUUACCGGGAAAAGAUGAGCUUCUGAUAUCCGAUAUUUAAGAUAAAAUAAUUUUUUUAACAUUGGUACACGAAUCGUGUACCAUAAUGCGCUUCAGCCCCAGUUGUAUUGAGGGACGAGGCUAGACACAUUGCACCAAAUCAAAUGGAGUUAUGUAGACUAGAAUAACUAGACGCUAGAAAUUUGAACUCAAUUGAGAUUGCUGACUUAUUUCACCGAACAUAACUGAUUUGAAAUUGGAGUAAAAACGGAAACCAUUAAAUGUAAAUCAGUUUAUAUACAUUCAUAUUACAGUAUUAUAUGCGUUGCGACCCACUUUUGUGAAUUUCUAGGUCCCAAAUGUUAGCGAUUAGCUCCUUUAAAGUAGUUCAACCAUGUCAAACCAAAGUUCUAAUAGCAGUGGAUAACAGUUGGGGUAUAAUUUCUUAAUGGCAAAAAGAUUUCUAUUUUCGGCUGUGCAUAUGAAAACUAUUUUAAUAAUUGAUAAUGAAUAAUAUAUGAAAAAUCUGCAAGGGCUGGAUUUUUCCUUUAAAAAUAUUUUAACGACCAUCAGUUCCAUAGAAAUAUUUAAUUAUAGUAUAUUUCAUCAGUCCCAUAAAAAAUGUAUCUAUUGUAUUUCAUCAGUCCCAUGCAAAUGUAGGUUGUUUACUUUUAAUUAAAAAUGUCUUCCAGGGGAUAUGAUAGUACAUGUAAAUAUAAAUUUGCAUUAAACGUUUUUACAAACCA